AUGCAGGCCAUCCUCCGGCGAGGGCUUCACGCUCAUCAAGUCUAUGGCGCCAACACCAACGUGGGCAAGACGGUCGUCUCGACGCUCCUCUGCAACGCCGUCCCCAACGCCGGGUUCUUGAAGCCGGUAUCGACUGGCGACGACGCCGAUCACACACACGUCCAGCGAUUUUCAAAGGGUAUCACCAAGUGUCUGUACGAAUUCGACGAGCCGAUCAGUCCACACCUGGCAGCCGUUUCGCCGCCUAGUAAUAAGGAGCUCCUCUCUUCCAUCCGAUCAACUCUCACCUCAUGGUCGAAAAAGGUGGAUUUCUGUCUCGUCGAAACGGCCGGGGGCGUGCAUUCCCCCGGUCCAGACGGAACAUCACAGGCGGAUCUGUAUCGCCCGCUACGUCUUCCUGUGAUUCUCAUCGCGGACUACCGACUGGGAGGGAUUUCCUCUUCAGUGUCGGCGUAUGAAUCGCUGAAGAUGCGCGGGUACGACGUACAUGCCGUGCUGGUGUUCCAGGACGGAUACUAUCGUAACCACGAGUAUCUGGGGGAUUAUUUCACCAAGAGAGGCAUCCAGUUCUGCUCGCUGCCAUUGCCUCCGCCGAAAAAGGAGACGGGAGAUGUCGAUGCCAUGACAGACUAUUAUCAGCGAGAGAGCGGCAGUCUGACCUCACUGGUUGAGGAGUUGAAAACAAAGAACGCCGAACGUAUCGACCAGCUGCAAUCCAUGGCAGAGAGGGCGCACAGCACCAUCUGGUAUCCCUUUACCCAGCAUCAAAACCUAGACUCCAAGGACAUCACCGUGAUCGAUUCUGCGUAUUCGGAUUACUUCCAGACCUUCGACCCUAAAGCAGAGGACGAAAACAUGCUCUCCAGCAGUUUCGACGGCUCUGCCUCGUGGUGGACGCAGGGGCUCGGCCAUGGAAACCCCGAACUGGCACUCUCGGCUGCAUACGCCGCAGGUCGGUACGGACACGUCAUUCUCGCAGGAACGGUGCAUCAGCCUGCACUCGAACUCGCAGAGAAGCUACUGCGGCACGUCGACAACCCGCGACUGAAGCGCGCCUUCUUCACCGAUAACGGGAGCACGGGCAUGGAGGCAGCGGUGAAGAUGGCCUUGCGAGCGUCUUGUCAGCAAUACCAAUGGAAACUCUCCAAACCGGAAGAUAAAGAUAUCGGUAUCCUUGGUCUCAAGGGUAGUUAUCACGGGGAUACGAUGGGCGUGAUGGAUUGCUCAGAGCCGUCGACCUUCAACGAACGCGUGGAAUGGUAUCGUGGCCGCGGGUACUGGUUUGAUUUCCCUGUCGUGAAGAUGACCAAGGGGACGUGGCAGGUAGAAGACGAGAAGUUCUCAUCCCUUGACAAAGUCUUUGAUCUGGACACACGGUUGAAGAGUGAAACGGCGGACCGGUAUCGCGAGUCCAUCACCUCCACUCUCAACUCUUUACUUGCUCAGGGACGACGAUUCGGGGCGUUGAUCGUCGAGCCUGUCAUUCUCGGCGCGGGCGGGAUGCUUUUUGCGGACCCCCUCUUCCAACGAACAUUGGUAGACGUCGUGAGAUCAUUCGACUUUGAUACCCUCAGCACUGUUCCCGCUGAAUCGAAAACGAAAGGACUACCAGUCAUCUUCGACGAAGUCUUCACAGGCCUCUACCGUCUCGGUCGAGGGACCUCUGCGUCCUUCCUGAACGUCCACCCCGACAUCUCCGUCCAUGCAAAGCUUCUCACGGGCGGACUUGUGCCGUUGUCCGUCACUCUAGCCAGCGAGGAGAUCUUCGAGGCGUUUGCCUCGCAUGAAAAGGCCGACGCCCUCCUCCACGGCCACAGUUACACUGCACACCCUGUUGGAUGCCAGGUCGCGGUGGACUCGUUACGGCAGAUGGCGGAAAUGGACAGUUCGGGCCAUUGGAAGGAGUACCAGCAGGACUGGAAGGAUGGGAUCUGGAGUCUCUGGUCGAAGAGUCUGGUCGAGAGGAUGUCUCACCAUCCAAGUGUUGACGGGUGUUUUGCUCUAGGGGGUGUCUUGAGCAUCGAACUCAAGGAUACUACUAGCGGCUACAAUUCCAAUGCUGCUCAAACCAUCCAACAAGCUCUUCUGAAAGGAACAGAGUCCAACGUCCACUCGCGCGUCUUGGGCAAUGUACUCUACCUCAUGGCCAGUCUGACUGCGAAGAAAGACGAGAUUCGCCAGAUCGAGAGUUUGCUCGAGAGUUGUUUCAAAUAA